AUGACAGCGAGUUCAAAUGGUAAUGGAACUCUUGUGGAUGAGUUCGAAGAAGCUUUUCAGUCAUGUUUAAAUGUAUUAACCAAAGAGGGAGCACUCCCAACAAUGGACAAAGAUGAAAUUAGUGUUGAUGUUGAUCACACAAUAUUAAAAUUCAUAGAUUUAGCAAGACAAUUAGAAGCAUUUUUUUUACAAAAAAGAUUUUUAUUGUCUGCUUUGAAACCUGAAAGUGUCGUUAAGGAAGAUAUUAACGAUUUAAGAGCUGAAUUGAAUAGAAAAGAUGAAUUGAUCAAACGUCAUUAUGAGAAAAUAUCAGCCUGGCAAACACUUUUAGCUGAUUUACAAGUUCAAAGUUGGGCUAAAUCUCCUGCUCAGGGUUCUUCGAAUACUCCUUUAGCUGGUACUCCUACUGGUGCACCUACUUCAUCUCCAAAUAUUCCACCUCCUCAAAAUUUAACACCUAACAUGCAACAACAACUUCAACAACAACAUUUACAACAACAGCAGCAACAUCAACAACAACAACAUCAACAACAGCAGCAACAACAACAAUUGCAACAAAUGCAACAGCAACAACAACAACAACAGCAGCAGCAACAACAACAACAGCAACAACAGCAGCAACAACAACAAAUUCAACAUCAUCUACAACAACAAAUGGGUCCAGGAGGUGGUGGUGGUCCUGGAAUGGUUCCACAACAAGCAAUGUUCAUUCCACAAUCAGGAAACCCCAGAUUUCCAGUUCAAGGACCAGGUGGUAUGCUUCAAGGACCGCUCGCAUAUUUAGAGAAAACUACGAGCAAUAUUGGAAUGCCCGAUGGAAGAAGGUGA